AAUAAGAAAAAAACAGGAAGGAGGACAACAACUAAAAGCAAAAGAUUAGUAGAUAAGAACACAAAAAAAAAAGAUUAAAGGAGAGCAUCCUCAACAGACAAACAACACACAGCCACCCACCUCUUCAGAAUUAUACACAAGUAUUCUCUGACCAUCAAUAAAACCGAACCACUUAGCGUCACAAAGCCGCCCCAGAGAGAAAGCUAGAGACAUAGACCUUUUUCUUAUGUUGUUUUCUCUUUAUUGAAACAUCAGCUACUGGUUUUUGGGGGCUUUCAGUUUGAGGGAGAUGGAGAUGAUGUGUUAUCAGCUGAGCAACUCAUCUUACCAAGAUUCCCUUAAAGUUUUGGAGGCUGAUAUCCAGCAUGCUAAUGCUUUGGCUGCUGCAAUUCCAAAGGACAAGGGUGGAGCACGCCUGCGGAUGAAAUUAGCUUACAAUCACUGGGCUCCUCUCUUUUUCUUUCUGCUACAAAGAAUAGAUUGUUCUUAUUUUUGCCUGCUCCCCAGAUAUCUAAAUUUCUUUCAUGUACUAGUAUAUAAGGUGUAUACUGAUGGUAGACCAGGCCUAUCUAAGCAUGGAAGGAAAGCAACAGUUCAGGAAUUCUAUGGUGUUAUAUUGCCGUAUCUUCAACGGCUUAAUAGUAACUUAGAAGAGAUGGGGGAUGUUAAGGGAGAGAAUUAUGGCAUGGAGAGUUUGGGCAAAAAGAAGGUGGAAGGAGAUAACAGGCUUGCCAAUAUUGAUUUAGAGAGGGAAGAUGAAUGUGGAAUUUGUUUGGAGCCCUGCACCAAAAUGGUCUUGCCUAACUGUUGUCAUGCAAUGUGCAUCAAAUGCUACCGCAAUUGGAACACAAGGUCGGAGUCCUGCCCUUUUUGCCGUGGCAGCUUAAAGAGAGUUAACUCGGAAGACUUGUGGGUUCUCACUUGUAACAGUGAAGUUGUUGACACAAAAGCGAUUUCCAAAGAGGAUUUGUUGCGGUUCUACCUCUACAUCAACAGCUUGCCAAAAGAUUAUCCUGAUGCUCUUUUCUUAGUGUAUUAUGAGUACCUAAUAUGAAUUGAAAGUAAAUUAGAAGAAUGAUGUAUAGAGGGAAAAUGCCGACCUUCGAAAUGUAAAUAGAGUCCGGUAAGAGCUAAUGUCCCUGAUUCUUAAACAAAAUAAUCAAUCUCAUCUUAUGUUGAGUUCUUGAGCAUCAGCAACCUAUAAAUAAAUGUAAUCUCUAAAUAUGUGAAAAUUAAGUUUAUUUUUAGAACA